AUGUCUUUCACAGAUUUUCCCAGUUUCUCGGAACUCCCCACGGAAAUCAGACUUCUAAUCUGGCGGGACGCUGCGUAUCAAGCUCUCAACCCUCCUCGGGCCAUCGUCCAGGAUCCCGCAGUGCGGCCCAGAGAUAUCACACUUCUCGAGACCAAUCCGGAAGCUUGUGAAGAAGCCCUCCUUCGAAAAGAUCUAAGGACUUUCCGUCGUUCAACUCCGGGCGAGCAGGGUGUAAACGAUUCUUCUCCCUCUUGGGAUUGGUUCAGCAUGAAAACGGGCAUUUUUCGUCAUUGGAAUCAGCCAUCGCAUUCCAAAAGGACUUUAUGGUAA